CGUGUCAGUUUGUUUACAGCGGUCCCUGUGCUGCAGCUGCACAGACAUGGCUGUGGAUAUAACUUUACUUUUCAAAGCCAGCGUCAAGACAGUGAAAACCAGGAACAAGGCGAUAGGAAUAGGCUUUGACUCCACCAAGGAUGAUAUUUUCAAGAGGAGCAGACCCAAGAGUGGCUUCUCUCCGAAGGCGAAAGAAGUGAUCACGAACAUCACCAAGCUCAAAGACUUUCUGCUACAACACAGGAAAGAUUAUGUGAGCGCCGGAAGCCUCAUCUCGUCAGAUCUUACUCGUAUGACGGACAAUGAACGAGACCAGAUUGACCAGGAUGCUCAGAUCUUCAUGAGAACCUGCUCUGAGGCCAUCAAGCAGCUGCGCAAUGAAGCAGAGAAGCAAGUGACAUCAGCCCAGAUAAAGGAGCACAGAGGAGCAGUGCUGGACCUCAUUGAAAUGUAUCUAAGAGGAGUAUGUAAGCUGUACUCUGAGCAGAGGGCAAUCCGGGUCAAGAGAAUGGUGGACAAGAAGAGGCUGUCGAGACUGGCACCAGAGCACCACAGCAGGGUGGAAAAAACGCCGGACGUGGAGCCCACAGAAGAGAAAACGGUCAAGGAAGAAAAUUCUGAGAAGAGUGUGUCGGAGGUCCUGGACAACCCUGUCAACCUGUGGGAGGAGGGCAGAGUGGAGGACGAGCUCUCUCCUGAGGAGAUCCAGAUGUUUGAGCAGGAGAACCAGAGGUUGGUGAGUGAGAUGAGCAGCCUGGUGGAUGAAGUGAGGCAAAUAGAGGGGAAGGUGGUGGAGAUCUCUCGACUGCAGGAGAUCUUUGCUGAAAAAGUCCUGCAACAGGAAACAGAGAUAGACAGUAUUCAUCAGCUCGUUGUGGGUGCUACAGAAAACGUCAAAGAGGGCAAUGAAGAUAUUCGGGAGGCAAUCAAAAACAACGCUGGCUUUCGGGUAUGGAUCCUGUUCUUCCUGGUCAUGUGCUCCUUCUCUCUUCUCUUCCUGGACUGGUACGACAGCUAACACAGCUAGCCAGCAUGGACUCUAUACAACAGGAAACUGUCAGGCUCGGGCACAUAUUGGUUAUCUCAUAAAGACAUGAUGACCGCACUGAGACUGAAUGUUUACCGUGCUGGACCUGGUGUACAAAGUGCUCUUCAAGAAGAUCCUUUGUUGGUGGCAGUUUGUUCCCUGAUGCUAACUAUGUGUUAAUGUUUGUCCUUGGCAGCUUCAGUGUCAGCACUAAUGGAGGCGAGCUUUGUGUCGAGCACUGUGUCCACUUUAAGUGUGCGUAUGGUUGGACGGUCAAUAUUUUUCUCUACCGCUAAAAGCAGUGAUACAGAAGCCCCGAGAGGCAAGUGAGAGACAAAAAUCAGGUGAUCAAGUCUGAUCUUAAUAGUUUUCUCUCCUGUGUUUAUGACUUAAGAACAGGUGAAAACACGGUUUUACCCGGGUGGUGAAUUCUUACCUGUUGUUUUAAUACUAAUUUCAUCCACAAGAGGCUCCAGCUUCUAAACAGGACUAGAAUCAUUGUUGUUUUUCUUCAAGUUGAGUUCUUUAUUUCCAUGCACUCUAGACAUAGUACAUAACAUGCUAACAAACAAUAUACUGGGGCUGUCAGUGAAUAUUCGUAACUCAAAUAUGUUUAAAUUGUCAAAAAAUUAAAAACAUGUUCGAAUACGAAAGUGAAUCAAUUGUGAGAACCAAAAAAGUACUAUCGUGGACGUUAGACAGAAAUUAGCUAUCUCCCAGCAGCAGGCAGAGGGGAAAUAAAUGGCUGGCCAGUUAGCUAGCUAGCUUGUCCAUUUACAGAGCUACGUCUGCUCCUCGCUUCUUGUCUCCUAGCAGUGAGGAGUGAAGCAGAGGGAGAAACUAGCUAAAGUUAGCUUGUUAGCUAACAAGUUUAUUGUUCUACUGGUUACAGAAAAUUAGUCAAACAAAGUGUCACUCUUCUCACUCUAGUAAGUGCUUUUCUCUCUGUGACAACAGUGUGUGAAGCAAAUUUUAGCCAUUUUGCAGCUGGCUAGUUAGCUAGCUUGCAAGGGGUCUUUUUGUAAUAGGUAGGUAUGCAUUAAAACAUGUUUAUGUUGAAAUAAAUGUACCUAUACAAGUAGUUAUGUGUCUUAUAUUGGCUUGCCCUUUUACGAUAUCAUGCACAAUGGCCAAUUUGAACCACCCUACAAUUUUCUGUAUGUACCUUUUUAUGUUCAGUUUUUUCCACAUAUGGGGGGAGUGGGUUUUUUUUCAACCUCUUUUCAAGGCAUACACAGGAGAGACAACCUUUUCCAUUAGACUUAGAAAAUGGAUCACAAGAUAUAUUUUCUCACUUGCCUCUGGGGAUCCCAUAUAGUUGAUGAUUGUUUGAUUGGCAGCAACUGUUCUUGUGUGACUGACUGAAAAACAUGUAUUUCUGACACCUUUUGGAACAGAUGAAAGGAUCCUGUUCAGACCUGCGUAGCAUUCACUCGCUGCCUCGUGUACACUAUUUGAAUAGACUAUUUGUGUACCUCAGUGACAUAUAAAUUAUACCUAACUGUCAAAUGCUGAAGACUGUUUUGCUUUUCAAGUAAUUAUGAGGAGCGGUAUAAUUUAUUCAAUAUCAAUCACAGCAUAACUGUACUGACACACCACUCUAUUAAACUCAGCAGUAGUCUUAAGUAGAUUCUCUCGCUUGUUUUUUAUUUCAGGAUGUCAUUUUAUAAUAGUUUAUACUUUUCAUAUUUAUGUCAAGCUUGCAGAUAACAUCAAGAGCAGCAGAAGGCACAGCCUGCUUUGGUUUGUGUCAGCUAAAGAAGAGAAGCUGCCGACAGGAGAUUUGAUUCUCAAAGCCUCCUGAUAUUUCUACUAAUCUGUUUAUUAGGAUUAACCUUCAUUCUAGUCAAAGCAUCACAGCUCUGAGAAAUGUUUCUUUGAUCUUAACUCAAGGGAGUCUAAGCUGUUAACUGUAAUUAUUUUCUGCACUGAGGGAGUUUCAGCGUUAAUGACAAGAUUUACACUAGAAAUAGUUCAUGUAUUCCACUUGGACAUGGGUGUGAAAUGUGGGCACUUUAUUUCCAUUUUUAAUUUAACAUUUUAUGUAGCAAAUGCACUUCAAUGGUAAUCAUUACAUUGUUUGAAAAAGGUACAUAAUUUGUGACAGUUUAAGUUAAAUGACAAAUACAGAAGAAAGCAACAGGACAAGCGACUACUGUCAGAUUGUUCCACUACAUCAACCUAAGUCUAGUAUCUGGGAUGGCUACCAACAGCCAACUAUGGUGACAUUAAUCAAUGCAAAGCAUUGCACAAUACAGUGUCUUCACUA